AUGAGCGUGGCUGAGAAACCUAACUCUAUCAUUGACAGUGAUAGCCAAAUGGAAGGCAUAGCUGUCGAGAGUAACAUAGUAAAUGUACCAGUAUCUUGUCCUAGUUACGUUGAUGAAUUAGGCCCUAACAUUUUGGAUAAGGAUGAGCUAGUCAAGUUGCAGAGAGAGGAUGAGACACUAACCAGAAUUUUUAAAUGUGAGCUGGAUGAUGAUCUCAAUGACAAGAAGACAGGACAAAAGGGUAAAAUGAAUCCAGAACAUUCUUUAGAAUUACCUUUGAAAGGUGAAACUGAAGAUGCAUUACCAUGCCUUUCCAUAAAUCAAGAAAACAGCAACAUGGCUGCCUUUAGUGAAACCAGUAAUGGUGACUUUUUGUCUAUCGAUCCAUUCAUGGACAUCAAAAUAGAGCCAGAGGUAUUCUGUGAGGCUAAUGAAGAUGGUGAUGAAUAUUCAUAUGAAAUGAAUUCUGUAGUGAAUGAAAAAGAUCCACCAACUUAUAAAAAGGAAGUAAAACAAGAAAGAAGGAAUAGUCACAGUGGAGAGAAGCCUUUCAGAUCCACUGACUGUGAUAAACCAUUUUACAAUAAAAUUAAUCUUACAAGUAAUAUCACAAAUGUUACCAAAGAGAGCACAUUCAUAUGCAGUGACUAUGGGAAAGCAUUUUCCACUAAACUAGGAUGUAGAGUUCAUAUGAGAAUACAUACUGGGGAAAAGUCAUUUAUGUGCAAGGAAUGUGGAAAAGCAUUUUCCAACCAAACAAAUCUUAGAGCUCAUUUGAGAAUCCAUGCUGGAGAAAAGUCAUUCAUGUGCAAGGAAUGUGGAAAAGCAUUUACCCAGAAAUCAAAUCUUACAUCUCAUAUGAGAAUCCAUACUGGAGAAAAGUCAUUCAUGUGCAAGGAAUGUGGAAAAGCAUUUUCCAGGAGAUCACAUCUUACAGGUCAUAUGAGAAUCCAUACUGGAGAAAAGUCAUUCAUGUGUAAGGAAUGUGGGAAAGCAUUUUCCUGUAAACAAACUCUUACAGCUCAUUUCAGACAACAUACUGGAGAAAAACCAUUUAUGUGCAAGGAAUGUGGGAAAGCAUUUUCCAGUAAACAUCAUCUUACAGCUCAUUUCAGACAACAUACAGGAGAAAAGCCAUUUACAAGAUAUUAUGGCUUUCUGUAUGACUAA